GGAGGAUGCUCAUCGUCGUGUCAGGAUCCAGGCGUAACGAUUUUUGACGUCAUGUUCCCCAGAUCCAGCCUCUUUCACUAUUCCCCGUUUGCAACACCACAGAUAUCGAUGCCCACCAGUAUUCCCGUGCCGGUCGGCCGCGAGUGGCAUGACAUCAAGCAGGUGCUCUCAAAGAUCACAGGCGGCGUGAGAGACCCCCUGCAGCUCAUGGUCGUGCUCAAGGAGGUCCAGCUGUGCAAGCGAGCGGUGUCGGGAUCCCCUCAUUCAUUCAGUGGCGUUCCGCUGCUCUUCAAAGGCAUUCCACCCGACGUCACAGCGCACUUCCUCAACCACACCCUGCCCAUUAUGGCCAGCGAGCUGAUCCGCAGCAACCUCUCGGCAGGAGAUUUGCCACACUACAUCAGCCCCGCGUCGCAGCACAGGGCUGUGGCGCUCACGGCCCAUCAGGUCUUCCUGCUGCUGUCGGCGGCCUUCUUUGGCAUGUAUGGGCCCACCCCCUUCGACACAUGCAGCCGCGACAUCAGCGGAGCGUCCAUCAACUUCGGGCCGCUGUUCGACUCGGUGCACAAGUCCACGGCAGCGGCCAAGCUCCACUGCUUCAUCCUCUACUUCAUCGCCAUGGCCGCCGCCGUCGAGAGAUCAGAUGAGCGACAGCUGCGGCGCAACAUCAUCUUCAAGAGGCUGGACGGCGGGCGGCAUGCCACAGCCGAUCAGUGGGCACAGUCGACAGCCCGUCUGCUGCCCGUGAGGGUGAUGGGAUGUGCCGACCGCAUAGAGUGUUCGCCGGGCCUGCAGGCCGACUUCGCCAACAGAGUGCUCGGCGGGGGAGUACUCGCAUCAGGUGCACAACAGACACACACACAGAGGGAGGGAGGAAGGUCGUGCAGGCAAUGGCCAUCUCUGUGUGUGUGUGUGUGUGUGUGUGCAGGGAGUGUUCAGGAGGAGAUUCGCUUUGCCAUAUCGCCCGAGCUGCUCGUCGCACGGCUUAUCAUCCCGCCACUCAACGACACCGACGCCGCCGUCAUCACUGGGACCAAACAAUUCGCUUUUUAUUCCGGGUAAGGAUACCACACAGACACUCCUCCCUGUCCACCUGUUGAUUUAAUUCAGGUACGGUCGGUCAUUCUGUUGUGUGGGUGCGUGUGGGAGCGAGCGGCAGAGUGCUGUGGUGGCACUCGAUGCCAUCGACUUCAGAGGCCGCUCCCCGUGGACACAAUACUCGGUGGCCUCGCUGCUCCGAGAGACCAACAAGGCCUUCUCGGCUGUGAGCGAGCUCGAAUUGAAGAGCCUGCCAUUCGCGACAGGUGAGUGGCAUGGCCAUGCCUCUCCUUUGGGUGAUUGGUUUGUUGCUCGGCUGAUUUGUGUCAGGGAAUUGGGGCUGCGGUGUCUUUGGCGGCGAUCCGCAGCUGAAGGCCCUCAUCCAGUGGAUGGCAUCCAGCCAGGCAGGGGUGCUCAUGCACUACUACCCCUUCGAUGACAAGCGCAUCAACGGCCUGGCCGUCGUGUGCCGUCUCAUAGUGGCGGCGGGGUGGAGUGUGGGCGACCUCUGGCGGUUCAUCAGCCGCGAUGAGGACAACCUCCACCGAUACGGCGUCUUCAAGUGCAUCAUGUACCACCUCCAGCACCAUAUGCAGGUGACUCUCUCUGUCUGCCUGUCUGGCAAGCACCGACCCAAGCUUUGGCGUGUGAAUGUGUCCUUUCAGAGUUUGAGUCAUGGUGUCGGUGUGCAUGAUCGUCGUCGCGUGGGGGCUGCAUCGCACUAUGGUGCUCUGCCAUCAUCCCUGGCACCCAAUGACAGCUCCGUCACCAAGUGUAGUACCGCGACGGCCUUCGACAGAGACAUGGAGAGGACGGUGGACCAGUGCAAACAAGAGGUGAGUCGGCAGGACACCGAGACACGUGGAUGUCAUCGAUUCGAUGCCGUGAAAUGUGUGAGUCAUUCAGAUGAGCGGUGCGGGUGCUGAGACACGUGAGCAGCCAGAGGAUCAUGACGAUGAGGAGGAGGAACUGAUCUCUGGCUUCGACUGAGUGAGCUUGCUGCCUUUUUGACAUAUAUAGAUCGACCCAUUAGACUUUUUUGCAUCCAUAGUUUAUCGUUUGGGCCCAAACAAACUUCGUCUCAAAGCCCAAUGCCG